AUAAAAGGUCUCAAGUGCUUUUUCCUCAGUCUACCAUUUUUUUUUUCUAAAUCACAAAACACAUGACAUCUAAGUAACUUUUUCUAUUUUGCUUUUUGUUAAAAUGUCAUCAGCCCCUGUGGUUGGGGCUUCUUUUGCGGCUGCAGACUACGUGGUGUUUGCUUUCAUGCUGGCAGUGUCCGCUGCCAUCGGAGUCUACUACGCCUGGACAGACCGGGGCCUGAGGAGCUCGGACGACUUCCUGACGGGCGGACGGCGGCUCACGGCUCUGCCCGUCUCCUUGUCUCUGACCGCCAGCUUCAUGUCGGCCAUCACGGUGCUCUCCAACCCCGCUGAGGUGUACCGUUAUGGAGCCAGUAUUGUAUUUUAUGGUCUGUCCUAUAUCAUGACCAUGGUGGUGACAUCUGAGGUGUUCCUCCCAGUAUUCUACAGGCUGUCCAUCACCAGCACCUAUGAGUAUCUGGAACUCCGUUUUAGCAGAGCAACCCGUCUGCUAGGAACCAUUCUGUUCAUUGUGCAGACGAUCCUUUACACGGGCAUCGUCAUUUAUACCCCGGCUCUGGCUUUAAACCAAGUCACCGGGAUGGAUCUUUGGAGUGCGGUGAUUUCCACAGGCGUGGUGUGCACCUUUUACUGCACUAUGGGUGGGCUAAAGGCGGUGGUGUGGACGGAUGUUUUCCAGGUUGGUGUCAUGCUUGCGGGCUUCCUGUCAGUCAUCAUCCGCUGCGUGGUCCUCAAAGGCGGAGUCGGACCUAUUAUUUCAGAUUCCCAACAUGGAGCGAGGCUCGACUUUUGGGACUUUGACCCCAACCCACUGAAGAGACACACGUUCUGGACCGUGACCUUCGGCGGUACGUUCGUCUGGGUCAGUAUCUACGGCAUAAACCAGGCCCAGGUGCAACGCUACAUCUCCUGCAAGAGCAUCACCCACGCCAAACUAUCGUUGUUCAUCAACCUGAUCGGCCUCUGGUGCAUCCUGCUGUCUUCGGUCUUCGCGGGAAUGUGCCUCUAUUCAGUGUAUAAGAACUGCGAUCCGUGGACCACCGGCAUGGUUUCUGCUCCAGAUCAGUUGAUGCCAUAUUUGGUGAUGGAUAUCCUGGGAGACUACCCUGGCCUGCCUGGACUGUUUGUCGCAGCAGCUUACAGCGGCUCACUAAGCACGGUGUCUUCCAGCAUCAAUGCGCUAGCUGCAGUGACUGUGGAGGACCUGAUCAAACCACACAUGCGGGUGUCCGAGAAGAAGCUUUCCUGGAUCUCAAAAGUCCUGAGCUUUUUAUAUGGCGCUUUAUCCAUUGGGAUGGCAGGACUGGCCUCACUCAUGGGUGGAAUAUUACAGGCCACCGUCAGCAUCUUUGGAGUCAUUGGAGGUCCUUUACUUGGGCUUUUCUCACUGGGUAUCCUCUGUCCUGUUGCCAAUUCAAAAGGAGCCUUGUCAGGUCUGGCGUCAGGCCUUGUUGUGUCGCUUUGGGUGGGCAUCGGCGCCCAGAUUUACCCCCCGCCUCCCACUUUGAGUCGACCCCUGCCCCUCACCACUGAGGGCUGCAACCUCACCGCUUCGGACAGCCUCAACUGGACUUCCACAGUGUCGCCCACUCGCAUGAGCCACAUUGCUGCUUCCCCAGCGCAGCUCGGCCAUGACAGGAAUCUGCUGGCAGAUAACUGGUACUCCCUGUCCUACCUUUACUUCAGUCCCCUUGGGACCAUCACAACCGUCACGGUGGGCCUGCUCAUCAGCCUUGUCACAGGAGGUUGGAAGUGCAAAGUGGAAUCAAGGCUUACUUUGAUGAAAAGAGACACAACUCUCUUUUGCAUACUCAAGGCACUCAAGGACAGAUUAAUGACAAGAGCCGCCAAGCCUGACCCGACACAAGGCAAAAAGAAGCACCCCGGGAAUAUUAAUCCCGCUUUUUGCGACAUGGAGUUGGACUACAUGAAAUGAAAUGCAACACGCUUGCAUGAGAUCCAUAUUAUUUUCCAUGUAGGAUUCUGUCACUUAUGUCAUUGCAGAUCAGUGUUUCCCAUGUAUAUGAAAUGAUGAUCUCAUUUCCAUUUACUCUGUGAAAUCUGGACCUGUUUAGUUGAACACAAAACUAUUAUUCUGUUGCUCAAAUGGCAACAAAUGGAAACACAGGUUAAUUGUACUACAUCGCUGGAUAGAUAUAGAUGAAGAAAGAUGUUAUAAGUAAUAAUUGUCAUGAAAAUGAAAUGGGGGGGCGGGGGGGAAUGAAUAAUUUCUCAUGGCACACCUGAUGACCUCUCACGCAGUGGUUGGGAAUCACUGUUCUAGAUAAUUGAAAAGGGCUCUAUAGGUCAUAAACCAUCGUUGAAGCCAAGUAUAUCACACUCUCUUUGCAAAUGUGUCUUUUUAUUGAUUGAUAUGUCACACAAAGUGGCUAUUUUAUGCGCCAAUUAUUCACCAUAACAAACACUAUGAAGGUAAUCCAAGUACGUGAGGCCUCUUUGCUUUGUGCACAUUUAUUUUGUUGUUCAACAGUCCGUAUUAUACACAGAUUUACUGUACAUACAUUUACAUUUAUUUGUCACAAAUUCCCCUUGAAUCCAUAUGAAGAAUGUAUGGCUGUAUGGUUUGUUGGUAGCAAUAAAUUAACAGUUACAGUUGUGUAAUUAUGGCCGCUUCCACAUUACUCCCACACAAUGCCUGCAGCUGUUUGUGUACUCAACAUGCACAAGCGACUUGAACAAUACAUUAAUAUCAAGUGACAUAUUAAAAUGUUCAUUUUUGAGUG